UGCGCGCGCAACGCAUUUUUCUCAGCGAAUUUUGCCUAUGCCCUAAUUUCUUAAACUGUGCUUAUCCCCUUCUACUUCUGAAUUCAUCAACAAAUUUUAAGUGAUCUCUUGCUGUCAGUUGCAUGCUAUGGCUACUCUACGGUUCUCUUCUCUGCUGGUUUCUUCCUUUCUUCCUGCUUUUCGCUCUUCAGGUUUGAGAUUUCAAUCUAAAGGUAGAUACUUUGAGUACUCAAAAAAUGGUAUCAGAAGUUUUAGUAGCGCCGUGGUGCAUGAAGAGCCAAUCACUCCACCUGUUGAAGUUAAAUAUAAGCAGCUUCUAAUUAAUGGACAGUUUGUAGAUGCAGCCUCAGGAAAAAUGUUUCCUACAUAUGACCCUAGGACAGGGGAUGUCAUUACUAUGGUUGCGGAGGCCGACACUGAAGAUGUCAAUCGUGCAGUCUCUGCUGCUCGUAAAGCAUUUGAUGAAGGACCAUGGCCUAAAAUGUCUGCUUAUGAAAGAUCAUGUAUAAUGUUGCGUUUUGCUGAUUUUCUUGAGAAGCACGGUGAUGAACUUGCAGCACUUGAGACUUGGGACAAUGGAAAGCCUUACGAACAAGCUGCAAAUGAAGAAAUACCAAUGCUUAUACGUCUUUUCAGAUACUAUGCUGGUUGGGCUGAUAAGAUUCAUGGUCUUACAGCUCCUGCUGACAGUUUGCACCAUGUUCAGAUCUUGCAUGAGCCGACUGGUGUUGCAGGGCAGAUAAUACCCUGGAAUUUUCCUCUAUUAAUGUUUGCAUGGAAAGUUGGGCCCGCACUCGCUUGUGGCAAUACUGUUGUACUAAAACCUGCAGAACAGACCCCACUCUCUGCCCUCUAUGUGUCAAAGUUAUUCCACGAGGUUGGACUUCCCCCUGGAGUCUUGAAUGUCAUACCUGGCUUUGGUAGUGCAGGUGCUGCUCUUGCCAGUCAUAUGGAUGUCGAUAAGCUUGCUUUUACAGGGUCCACAGAAACUGGUCAAGCAGUACUAAGUGCAGCUGCAAAGAGCAACCUAAAGCCAGUGACUUUGGAACUCGGAGGAAAAUCUCCUUUCAUCAUUUGUGAAGAUGCAGACAUUGAUAAAGCUGUUGAGUUGGCUCAUUCUGCGGUUUUCUUUAAUCAGGGACAAUGUUGCUGCGCUGGAUCACGGACUUUUGUACAUGAAAGAGUAUAUGAUGAAUUUGUAGAGAAAGCCAAGGCCCGUGCUUUAAAACGUGUAGUUGGCGACCCUUUCAAGAAGGGAGUUGAACAAGGUCCUCAGAUUGAUACCGAGCAAUUUGAGAAGAUCCUUAAGUACAUAGAGUCUGGUAUUGAAAGCGGGGCUACUCUCGAGUCUGGAGGGGAAAAAUUGGGUUCCAAGGGCUUCUAUGUCCAACCUACUGUCUUCUCAAAUGUCCAGGACAACAUGCUGAUUGCCAAAGAUGAGAUAUUUGGACCAGUGCAGUCCCUCUUGAAAUUCAAGGAUCUUGAAGAGGUCAUUCGAAGGGCAAACUCGACACAUUAUGGUUUGGCGGCGGGUGUUUUUACCCAGAACAUAGACGUAGCCAAUACAAUAUCUCGAGCCCUUAGAGUAGGGACAGUGUGGGUUAACUGCUUUAACAUCUUUGAUGCUGCCAUUCCCUUUGGUGGGUAUAAGAUGAGUGGACACGGAAGAGAAAAGGGAGUUUACAGCCUCAAUAACUACUUGCAGGUCAAAGCUGUUGUUACCCCUCUGAAGAAUCCUGCAUGGAUGUAGUUUUCUUUAGAAGAAUUAACCUAAACAACCGCCCACCCAACCGCUUAAAUUAAAAAUAGCCGGCGGAUGUUGUAAAAUAUGUAUAAUCCAUGUACAACGUGUGUAUAACCAUGUAAAAUUAGCGAAUAUAUAUAUAUAUCGGUUAGGAAAAGUAAACAGUGAAUUCAAUCUGCUAUUUGUGUAAAGUUCCUUUUCCUUUUCUGUUUUGUGGUGGCACUUUUGUAGAUAUUUUGCAACGUACAAUCUUUUUUAACGCCACUUGUAUUACUUUUUUGGAUAAGUUGCAACAUGCAAUCUUUGUUUUUGUA